AUGUCCGACAGCCUUAUGGGAAUCUUCCUGUCAGUUCUGAUUUCCGUGUCUCACAAGACUUUCACCCUGUUACAGUUCCGGGCUUAUGCAACCAUGACUCUCACUGUACUUGCGGAGCCGGACACAGAGCAUGCUCAGAGGGUGCCGGAGGCGGAGCCUACACCUCAGCAGCAGCAGCAGCCUCAGCAGGUGAAGCUGAAAGAAAAGCAGAAGUAUUUUGAAGAGGCUUUUCAACAAGACAUGGAGCAAUACCUCUCCACGGGCUACCUCCAGAUCGCUGAGAGGAGAGAGCCAAUAGGAAGCAUGUCGUCUAUGGAGGUGAACGUGGACAUGCUGGAGCAGAUGGACUUGAUGGACAUGUCUGACCACGAGCCUCUGGAUGUCUUCCUUAACUCUGGGGGAGAGGACAACAGUGUGGCCUCACCUAUGCUUGGGCCAGACGUGGAGUCCUUUACCACGGAGAUCAGUCUGCAGGUCCCCACGCAGGCGGAGCUGAGGCACAAGCUCUCCUCCCUCUCCUCCACCUGCACUGACUCCGCCAGCCAGGACACCGAGGCAGGAGACGACGACGAUGAUGACGAAGAUGAGGAGCGAGGGGCGGGCGCCAAUGGCUCCCCCCACGUGCGGCCCGACCGGGAGGACAUUCGCGUUGGCUCUGCCUUAGCGCAGGGGGAGGGACAAGCAGCACAGCCAAUCAAGAACUGCGGAAGCAGUGGCUCUCAGUCCACGUAA